AUGCAUACCCCAACGUUGCCGACGCACUUCAAGACGGCCUUGCAGGCAUGCGCAGGAGCAGGGGAGGCUCAGCAGUCACGCGGUAAUGAUAGGGGCACCGGCUCUCCUGUAGGUAGUGACGCAGAGGAUGAGUUCGGUCAGUUCUUUGAGGCGUUAGCCGCACCGGACGUGGUGACGAGGACGCAGGCGGCGUCAGUCACCGUUGCGGCAAUAUCGCGGGAUUCCACAUCGGCAGGAACAGGAGCAAGCUGUGCGAAUUUCCCUGGGGCGGUCGCCGCUGUGCAUGGCGUACGGUUCAGCACGCCGGCAUCGCCUCUCAGCACCACCUCCUCGGUGCGCGGGCUGGAGGGGAGUUCUGCCCUACCGCCCGGCGUGGCAAACAAUGCGGCAACUCCAUUGCACCGUGCCGCGGGCGCACCAUGGGCGGCAUCCUCGUGGAGUGAGAGAGCGGGCAGGAAGACGUCACCCGCGACUUGUUUUAAUGGGCAUGCGCCCACCCUGCCGGGACACACUGGAGGCUGCGACAAGGCAACGGUAUCAACGCGUGUCCCGAGUAUGCAUGCAGGUGAUGCUGCCUCUGCCCCAACAGCUACAAGUCUGUCUCCCAAAAAUAAGCGUAAGCACGACGCACAGCAUAACCACAAAUGUGACGGGGAGUUACCUUUAACUGAAACAAUUGCUCUAGUUUCUUAUUCAAGCCCUACUAUCAAUACACCGGAGAGUUGCUGCAUGACCUUGGCGGAAGGCAAAUUAUCUCCACCUGAAAGGGGCGCGACGAUGUUGCUGCCGUUGUUGGAAAUCAAUGGCGCCGCGGAGGAGCACAGUGUCGUUUCCUGCACGGGCAGCAGCAUUCAUGGGUCAAUGGCAUCCGACAGUGUACCCAAGCUUUUGCCCACUGCCACGAGCAUGAGGCCGCCUCAUAACGAUGGGGUCUGGGAAAAUGUUACUCCGUUGCUGCGGCCACGCCUUAACUGUGCCUCGAGCGAAACAGAGGAGGAUGGGUCUGGUGUGUGUGCUACACACGGGCAGGUCGAGGUGGACGAUGAUGACGAUGAAUUUGGGGAGUUUGUGGAGGUCGCUCCUCGUCCGGGCAUGGAGCCAGUGGCCACUCCGGAGGUGAUGCCGGAGGGAGGGCAGCCACUGGCUCACGCCAUAGAUGGACCGGAGAGGGAACCUGUUCACGAAGUAGCAGCGAACGGAGAAACGGGGAAUGAGCAAGACCACGAAAAUGAUAUUGAUGAAGAAGAGGGGGAGUGGGCCGCAUUUACAGGUGCUGUCGCUUCUCCAUCUUUACAACUGCAACAAGUGACUUCUGCGGCGGGGGCUGCAGGAGUCAGAGACGUCGACGCAGCCGAGGAGCCUUGUUCUCAGGACAGUGAGGGCAAAUUUAUCUUUCAUAGGGACAUGGAUAUUGCCAGAAUGGUUCGUUGGCUUCGCGAGCUGACUGGAUGUGUGCUAGACGGGGAGGAGAGUCGCGAUCCCAGCAGGUGGGGUGCAACAGAGCAACCGCAGCGUGGCGCCGUCAGUAGCCACUGCGGGGAGCUGAGAGAGGGACAGUCGCGGAGUGAACUUCUGUAUUCGGUGAUGGAGUCUCUCCCCUUCACAGGACUCGGUUUACCCAACGUGGCCGGCGAUACGAGUCCGGGGCCGGACUGCUCCGUUGUCUUGGGUGGUUCUUUUGUGUCCCACAACCUCCCAGUGUGGAUGCCGUUUUUGGGGGAGGGGCGCGAGGCUGACAUUGAGACUUCGCAGCAGCUGCAUCAAACAGCAGCCACCUUGAGCCUCGUUGACUUCGUCACGACGGCGCGGAUCUCCGACCGGCAUAUCUUCCACCGUCAUGAGCAGCUGGAGUCUGUCCUUCUCCAGGCCUCUCAGCUACAGCUCAAGGGUAUACCUCUCAGUGAGGCGAUUGCCAAGGUGCGGGAUGUCGCGACAGAAUACCAACGACAACAACAAAAACAAGAAGAAAAGGAAAAACAACACGCACAUGUGAUAAAUGGCCCGGUGUGGGAGAUACACCCGAUGUUGCCGGUGCCAUGCAUUGGAGGGAGUCUUUUUCCUGCAUCUUCGCUAAGGCUACCGCUCUAA